CGUCGCGCUUGGUCGCGUCGCGGCGAGUAAAACAGCAUCAGUGUCAGUGAGUGACAGUCAGUGAGUCAGUGACAGUCAGUCGACUGCGAUCGACGCUUGAUGCGUGGAUCGAGUUGUGUCGUGAAGUGUUAUACGAGGUACAAACAACAGCGAUAUCCAUGAUCACGUCCGUCGAUCUGCCUGAGCGUUCAACCUUCCUCGGCAACAAGGCAUAUCGAGCGCUUAAGAAAAUGCGGAUCUUGUCUCAAUUACCGCGCCGAUUUCACGAUAUGUUGACGACGGAUGCGAAACCAGAUCCACCGAGGACCGGAAUCGAAGGCUACACGCAUAAUCUUCCACCGACAUCGGACGAGGAUUCGAGAAAAACGCAGUCUAAGUCGGCACCUACCACGCCGGAAAAGGAACACAAUGACGACGUUACGAUGCAACAACAGAAAUCGGUACCGAACGACGCGAGACCCACGACACCCACUGAUUUUUGCACGAAAUCGGAAGACCUCGGCGAUACAAAGUCCACGAGCGAGUCGAAAGAGUAUAAACGACCAAGGACGAAGACGAAAUCAAAACACAAUAAAUAUUCGCAAGGCACGAACGUCAUAAAUUAUAACAUCGUCAAUUCGAACGGAGUGAAGAUUGGCUCGCGGACAAGCUAUAUAUGCAAUGUAAAUCAGUAUUCGGCGAGUAACAAUGCAUCCACGGCACAACCAGAAGCAACUUCCUGGUCGAAGCCCAAGUACCGAUCGAUGCCGGAGAAUGUGGAAGAGUUGAGUACGUGUAAAGAGGAGCUCGCAUUUGACGAUAUGUUUGUUAUUAAAACGCAUGUCGGACACGGAUGGAGGGACAUCGCGAGGAGGCUCUCGUAUUCGGACGGGCAGAUCGAGCAAUUCGAGGAAAAUUACAGGCACAAGGGUAUCGAUGAGGUAAUCUAUCAGUUGCUGCUCGAUUGGAAGCAAGCUAACACACAGGACGCCCAACUUGGCGUGUUAGUCAGUAUAUUAUGGUCUUGUCAGGAGUACGAUUGUGUCGAGAGAUUAGCCGCAGCUCGUAAAAAUUCAUUUUAGUAAAGCACGCGGCACAGAUAAUCUAAUAUUUGUAAAUACAUGAAUAAUUGUGAUCUUUUUUUACUCGAAAUAGCAUUCCAUUAUUUUUAUACAUAUCGUAUUUUAGCACGUAGUUUAUAGACAAUGUAUGAUUUUGAUCGCGAAGAACAUUCAUAUUCAUCUAAUGCGAAUUUGGCAACGGAAAUACUGCUGACUCAGCUAAUUCAUAUUUAGCCUUCGCUCGAUUCGAUUGCACGGAAUUACAAUGAACCUGUAGUUCAAGCAGGAACAUGAUCUGGUUAAUAAUGUCUGGACAUUACGAUGAAUUUAAUGUCGAUUUCCGCGAUGCACAUAUUUACAUGUAAUAUUGUAAUGUACGCACAACAUUUCUACACUUCAUCCACUCUGUAUAAAAUCUUAUAAUAAAAAAACAUUCAAUUCUCUCUUAUAAAGUU